GGGUAGGUUCUUUGACUUCCGUGUUAUUUCGAUUGAAAUAAAUAACUACCAAUUUCGAAACAGUUCUGGAACUAAAAAAGGAUAAUAUUUUGAAUAUGCAGAAUAUUAUUAACCUUUGUGAUUCAAAGUCAAGCACGCAAGGAGCCGAGUUUUCCGGUGGGGUUGUGCGGAUUUAAGAAAGCCAGGCAGCUUUUCUUUGAAGAUUUACAGUGGUAAGCAGCCUGAAAAUGGAUUGUUACACAGUCUUGAAAGUUAUCGGAGAAGGGUCCUUUGGACAAGCUCUUUUGGUGCAACCCACGAAGGAAAGUGAAAAAUAUGUCUUGAAAGAAAUUAGGCUGCCAAAGACUCAAUCUGGAAUACAGAGCUCCAGGAAUGAAGCAAUACUUUUGGCUAAAAUGAAACAUCCUAAUAUUGUUGCCUUCAGAGAAUCAUUUGAAGCUGAAGGCCACCUUUACAUUGUUAUGGAGUUUUGUGCUGGUGGAGAUCUAAUGCAAAAGCUUAAAUGGCAGAAAGGAUCGCUAUUCCCUGAAGAUAUGAUACUAAACUGGUUUACCCAGAUCUGUCUUGGUACAAAGUACAUACAUGAGCAGCGGGUGUUGCACAGAGAUCUCAAAUCCAAGAAUAUUUUUCUCACAGAUAAAGGAACAAUCAAACUAGGAGAUUUUGGAUCUGCCUGCAUUCUGAACAGUCCCGAGGCCUACGCAUGCACUUACAUUGGAACUCCUUAUUACGUUUCUCCAGAAAUUUGGGACAGCAAGCCGUACAACAAUAAAAGUGAUGUGUGGUCUCUUGGCUGUGUCCUGUAUGAGCUCUGUACCCUGAAGCAUCCUUUUCAGGCCAACAGCUGGAAGAGUCUGAUCCUGAAGAUAUGCAGGGGGUCAUACCCACCACUUCCUCCUCACUACUCCUAUGAGCUCCAUUACUUGAUAAAGCAAAUGUUUAAAAUAAACCCAAAGGACCGUCCUUCUAUCAGCAAUAUUCUCACCCGGCACCGUGUGUCCAAACUCAUUAAAAAGUAUUUACCCCUUGAGGUAUUUAACGCAGUGGAAUGUGAAAAACUGGAAAGGAAACCUGAAAAUCCCAACGGAAAACUUAAAGCAACAACAGGUCCCCCAAAUGACCCUGCACAUGACACAAACACCACCAUAAAGAACGAAGAGCAGGUGAGCAAGUGGAAAAAAGGUGAUGGUGAAAAGGUCGCCAGGAUUUUGAGUGAGAAAACCCUCGAAGAAACCACUUCCGAAAUGGAAGUGACCCCAGCUGGACCUCAUGUAAUAUUCCCUGAAGCUUCAAAAGGCAUCCCCAGAAAGAAGUGGGGUGAAGGCCCCUCAAAUAGUGUUCUGCACACCCUGGAGAAUGCAGCACUCAUUUCAUCUGGAACAAUGGAGCCUGCGGACAAUGCUGAAGGCGAUGUGGUUUAUUGCAUCAGUAACAAUCCUAGGAAACAGUGGGUCAAGGAAUCGCCAGAAAAACUCCUAAAUAUACUACAGAAUGCAAACCUGAAUCUUGCCUUUAAAACGUAUAUCAUACAUAAACCAGAUUCACAUGAGUUGCUCCAUGGUCCCUUGUCACAUGUGGGAGCAGAUGACACUGAUGGUGACAUGGAAGAAACUGUAGAUUCAGCCAGGCUAGAGCCACGAUCUGAUGAUGAGGACACUGACUUUGAAGAAGAAUCAGUUUUCGAUUGGGUAGCAGAACUUGAGAAGAUGGUGGACAAAAGCCAGCACAAUAAUUGAACUAAUGACCUAAUAUUAAUGAAGCUAUUUUACUCUAUGUAAUUGUAAAUCAGUGUUUUAGUUGCAUAUUGAAAUCUUAUUUAUGUUUUGUUUUAUAAUGACAGAUAUUUAUUAAAUUGUAUUUUUGGAAAUACUAUAUGGUAGUGUUUUUACAAAAGUAUUCAAAUAGCUAUGGUCAUGUAAAAUUAUGUUGUAAGAUUUUUUUUUUCUCUUUGUAUGACUUUGAAUAAACACUGACUUUUCCAAACUCA